AUGGCUGAGUCUCAAUCGAAACAAGAAAUUGAUUAUAGUGUUGUUCCAUAUUCUCAACAGCAAAUUGAUAAUUUUAUUGAUGAAGAUUUAAAAUUAAUUUUAAACGAAAACUUGUGGAAUGAAUAUAAACGAAACAAAGAAACAAAUGAUAUAUGUAGUGUAUGUAAAAUGCCAAAUGAUUCAAUAUGGUGGAUGAAAGUAAAAGGUGAAAUAUGUGUAGGUAACAUGGAUAAUAUUGAUGAUUUACUUGAUAAAUCAUUGAAAGAACGGCAUCAUGAAUGGCACGAACUUUAUUUGGAUGGUGACAUAUAUACGGAUAAAUAUCAAGUACAUCCAAAAACAGAAAUAUGUUAUUUUAAAUAUAAAACACCAAUAAAAUUUGUAUCACCACGUGAUACUUGUUACUUAAAAAUGCGUAGAGAUUUACCUGAUAAUCAAGCAUUUAUUCUAUCUUAUCGUUCUGUUACAAUAAAUGAACAUAUUCCGUUAGAUAAACAUUGUGUUAGAAUAACAUUUAAUGGUGCACAUAUGAUCGAAAAAAGAAAAAAUAACCCAAAUCAAGGAUUCAUGUAUACUUAUAUUCAACAUGCAGAUGGUUCAGGUUCUAUUCCAAAACUAUUUGCUAAUUUUGCACAAUGUGAUAUAAUGUUAAAUGAAAUUACUGGUGUACGAAAAGCAAUGCUCAAUCCUAUUAAUCGACCUGCCGACAAUGAACAAGUCGACAAGGAUCAACAAAGUCGAUUUAACAAAAAAUUAUCGCAGAAAGAGCAAUCAGAUAACACUGUGGCAAAAGAGGACGUAUUAACAAAAAAAAACGAUUCUUCAAAAUUCAAUUAUUGGUCCAGGGAAGACAAAAUCAUCAAAGGCUUGGCUGAAUAUUCUGGUAAAAAUAUAGAAAACAAGAAAUUAUUAGUAGUGACACCAGCGUCAGUGCAACAGAAUAUCCUCCCUGCUUCGAAUGAGACUAACGUACGAUACUGUGAUAUUCAGCUAAGUCAAAAAAAACUACCGGCUGUCUAUGGUUAUUUGAAUUCACCAUUACUACCAUUAGAAGCUGCUACUGACCCAAUUUUACAUUUGGUUGAUAAUUUAAAUCGUUAUGUAAAAAUUGCAAAACAACAUUGUACAACAUCCGUAGACGCUAGUUUAACACAUGAUGAAUCAGCUGCUAUUUAUUUAUAUACAAUGGAAAUGGGCGAUGGUAGUUUUUACCGUAUUUUGAAUAAAGCAUUGCGCUCAGAAGAUCGUCCUGCAUUGAAACCAUGGUUUUAUUAUUUAAAACUUCUUGAUUAUGCUUUAAAUAAGUUAAAGUCGCAAAAUAUUGUUGCCUGGAGAGGAAUGCAUACGGAUGCAAGCAAAAGUUUUAAAAAAGACGAUGAAAUUGUUUGGUGGAGUAUUAAUUCCUGUUCAUCAUCCGUAGAUAUUGUCAAAAAUUUUUUAGGAACAAAUAGUACAUUAUUCUUAAUUGAAUGUACAAAUGGAAAAGAUAUAUCGUCGGACACGGCUUAUCCAAAUGAGAACGAGGUUAUUUUAAUGCCUGGAACUUGUUUGAAAGUUGUUAGUGAUCCAUUGGAUCAUGAAGGUGGAUUGCAUAUUGUACAUUUGAGAGAAACAGAAACCAUUUAA